UAGGGCAAGAGUAAGUAGCACACGCUGUCAGCGUGAUCACGCGUGCAGCAAACUCAGGGCAUCAACUACAUGUAUUUUACUCGACGCAGCCUACAUGUGCUGUAUCUGUGUAGUUUAGCCAUUUCGGUAGCGAUACGGACGUACCUGAGUGGUUACAUGCGUACGGAAAUUAUCCAUUACGCAGUUCGCAAUAAGCGUGAGAGGGCACCCAGACUACCUACCAAGAUCAGCUCGACCACACCUAUUCUCCUUUACCUAUAUGUAGUUGUACCAGCUACAGAGACGUCUAAAGACGUCUAAGUUGGCCGAGGCGAUGAUAUGAUAAAUUCUCGCACCCUGAAAAUUGUUACU